AUGUUCAACAACGGCUUUGGAGGCGAGAGCAACCCAUACGCUCAGAACUAUGCGACAGGAGGCGGAGCGAGCGGAGGCGGCUUCCUCGCCAAUGGCAGCCAGAACGACUCGCCAAGUGGGAAGCGCCAGGGCAACAACACACUCCGCCCCGUCACCAUCCGCCAGAUCCUCAAGGCCGAGCAGCCGCACCCGGAUGCCGACUUCACCCUUGACGGCACCGAGCUGGGUCAACUGACCUUUGUCGCUGUGGUCCGCAACAUCUCGAAGAACGCCACCAACGUCGCGUACAGCGUUGAGGACGGCACCGGCCAGAUCGAGGUGCGCCAGUGGCUCGACAGCUCCGGUGACGACACCAACAAGGCUUCCGACAUUCGUCAGAACGUCUACGUCCGCGUCCUGGGCACUCUCAAAUCGUUCCAAAACCGCCGCUCGAUCUCGGCGGGUCACAUGCGACCCGUGAUCGACUACAACGAGGUGCUCUUCCACCGUCUGGAAGCGGUGCACUCGCACCUCACGCUCACUCGUGGCGCCGGCGCUUCCGCCACCAACGGUGCCUCCACCACAACCAACAACAACAACCAGACCAGCGACAUCAACGCCUACUCGGGCUCCGGCAACGUGCAGAACGCGCUGGAGCAGUACAAGAGCCUCGACCCGCUGCCGCGCCAGAUCAUGGGCAUCGUCACCACCGAGUCGCAGAAGUACACCGACGGCGUCAAUGUCAAUUUGAUCGCGAGGAUGCUGAAGGGAGUGGACGUCAGUCAGGUCAAGGAGUUGGUGGAGGAUCUGAGUUCCGAGGGGUACUUGUACACCGCUGCGGACGAUGAUCAUGUGCUGCCGACUGCGUAG